AUGGCAGAGAUAAUCCCAAUCAAUAUCCAACGGUUGUCAUCAAUUUUUUUACCGCCCAAACAAUUUCUGCUCUCUCUCUCUCACAUCUGCCUAAACACGUCUCUCCCUUACCCUUCCCUCUCUCAUCCAACGAUUCUUCUUUCCUACCCUCCAUCUUCGCUAGCUCCCGACGCUGCUCUCCAGUCCUUGAUAUCUGCCUCUCGAACUCGGCUCGCAAGCAAUGGGGAGCCCGAGAGACCAUUGAUAGUCCAUGUUGGACGACUAGGAGUUGAGAAGAGUUUGGAUUUACUCAAAAGUGUCAUGGACUAGAUACCGGAGGCACGAAUUGCUUUUAUUAGAGAUGGACCAUACAGG